UGAGCUAAGACGGAUCACACCUGCCCUGCCCAACUGCAACGCAGGGCUCACAUGAGCAAUCCUCUUCUGCCUUCCGACCUCACAUCACACACUUGCAUCAGCUGCUGCACUCGAUACCCCAGCCUUGACUUGGCUGUUUGCCUGCUUUACAACGGCCUCGACCUUGACACGCAAUCAUCAUCUCCACGGCACUCUCGGGGCCCGCAUCGCACGCAUCAACGCCCAUCGACAAUUCAUCGAGUUUCUGUCAGCGACUUUCCCCGUCAACAAGUGGCUGCGAGUCACACAUCACGAUGGCACCUCCGGCCGAGAUCACGAUCCCCUCGACGUCGCUACACACGCCAGCCGACAACUCGAAACCAUACACUCUCUACAAUAUCACGCUGCGUCUGCCAUUGCGCACUUUCGUGGUCCAGAAGCGCUACUCAGACUUCGCAAACCUGCACCAGGCUCUCACCUCACAUGUCGGCGCCGCGCCUCCAAACCCGCUGCCGGGCAAGUCCUGGUUCAAAUCCACCGUGUCGUCGCCCGAGCUGACCGAGAACCGCCGGCACGGUCUCGAGUCGUACAUGCGCGCCAUCGCCGAGUCACCAGACCGCCGGUGGCGCGACACAUCCGCCUGGCGCACGUUCCUCAAUCUGCCGAACAAUGUCGGCAGCACCGGCAACAGCGCUGCCAGCGUCCGCACAGGCUACAGCCGAAUCCCUCCCAACAAGGAUGUAGCCAAUAAGGCUGCGGCCCAGGACCCUGGGACAUGGCUCGAUCUGCAUGGCGAGAUGAAGAGGGACUUCCAGGAGGCGCGGCGCAGCCUGGCCAAGAGAGAUAGCGCGAUGGACAACUCGAGCGCGCUGGAGGCUGGGUCGGCUGCAAAGAAGGCUCUCGUGAAAGCCGGCGGGCUGUUAGCCGUCCUUGCAGAUGGUCUCAGAUACAUUCAGGACUCGCGGCGGAUCGGCGAGGGCGAGAUAAGGCGCCGGAAAGACCUGAUUGCUGCUGCUCGGGUGGAGCGGGAAGAUCUCGAGAAGCUUAGCGCAACAAUAUCGGCGAGCGCGAAGACAUCACAGAAAGCCAUGCCAUCGGCAGCGGACAAGGCCGCACUGAUAGGCACCAAGCCCCGAGCUGGAGGACGGGUGCUAGGUGCGCCGCUGCCCGAGACAGAGCGCACGCGCGAGCUCGACAAUGAAGGUGUGGUACAGCUGCAACGGCAGAUGAUGAAUGAGCAGGACGAGGAUGUGGAUGCGCUGGCCAAGAUCCUGCGGCGCCAGCGUGAGAUCGCGGAGAGCAUACACCGUGAGGUCGAGGAGCAGACCGAGAUGCUCGACCAUGUCAACAACCAGGUCGAAACCACGACGGCCAAGAUCCAAGUGGCCAAGAGUCGGGCCAAGAAGAUCUCUUGACUUGAGCUAGGCGUGUCGGUGGUGGUUCAUGUGCUCCUCCUGGGUGUUGAAUCGGUUCUGAUGAUGUCCUGGAUCGUCAAAGGGUUGACGGGAUGGUUCGUGUGGUGCAUCGAGGCUCUCGUGAUGCUGUUGAAUCUCUAGUAAGCUCCCCGCACGCCGCGCUCAGCAGCGUUGACUGCGCUUCAGCAGGAUACCGAGCGGCAGCCAGGAGUCCAUUCGGUAGCCGGAAGCUUAGGUCAAGACGUCCUAGAGGUGGACAGGGUGAUAUUUCAAUUUUGCAUAAGACCAACAGAUAGAAGAAACAGGUCGAGGAUAAGGCUGUCUUCGCAGUCUUUCACAACAGUCCCAGUCAUAUUAGCCAUUAGCAUCUUGCGAGCACUUAUCAAUACCAAUAUCAAUACAUAUAUGACGAGCUU